AUGGAGCUGGACGAGUUCACGGUGGUGCUCGACGAGCUCACGAAGAACGUGUACGUGCUCAUCGCGGCGCAUGACCCGACAAUAGACUGCGGCACUGAGGAUGAACAUCUGGCUUGCUCGGAAGAAGUUCGAGGUGCGCGCGGCGAGAUCAUGGUGAAGGACCACGAUGAGGAGUUGCCACUCGGCACGGCGGUACAAACCAGCGGCUUAGCGUGUACGCCGGGCGAGUUCUGGUCCGCAUAA